UCAGACAAAGAGAGAGUGAGACGACGAGUGUAACGGAGACAGAGAGAAAAAGAGAGUGGAGGUAGAGUGGCAAAAGCGAGGCAAGCAAAAGCGAGCUAGCUGGCGACCAAGCAACCAGAUAGCCAGGCAAGCCUUUAGGUAGGCGAAGCAGACUGGCAGGCAGGCAGGCAGGCAAGCAGACAGACAGACAGGCAGGCAGGCAGGCAAGCAGGCAGACAGGCAGGCAGGCAGGCAAGAGCAAGAGCAAGAGCACAACCACCGGGCUUCAGAGCCACCCCUAGUCGUCGCCCGCCACCCAAAUCGUUCCCCCCACCUUGGACUAUCGCUUGGUACACCCCUCUUCGCCGUUGCUUCUUCGCACUACUCCUACUCUUUCUCCGGUGCUUUCAGCCGCCUCGUUCGUUCGGUCGUUCGUCCACCGUUUCGUUCCUCUUCUCGGUGUCCUCGUCGUCGUUUGUCGCGUUUAGAGUGAACCAGUAGUAUCUGUACACACCUUUGUUUUGUCAUUUUUACCGACGAGGAUCGCGUGUGUCACUGGCUAUUUCGUGUGCAGAAGGAUAUCGUAUGUUCGACAGCGUGACUGAUCUCGGCAGGUUGUAUCCUCCGGCGACGCACUGACCUGCCCUUUCAUCGCGGUCUCGCCACCCUUCCACCCUCUGUUUUCUCGCGUCUCGACGCAGCGGCGGACAAGACUGAUUCGUGGGAAGCGGAGGGGGUUUGUUCGGAACGCGACACCCUGGCCUGUUUGCUCUCGACAUUUUCGACGAUUCAUCGGUUGAUCAACCUUGAAACGGAAACCGAGAGAAUAUUCCGUAUAUUUUCGUGCGUCCAGGACUAAGAUUCUUGGGAUUUUUGGUGGAAAGUGAGGAAGAAUCUCUGCGUGGGCAAGUGACGGCGAGAUGAGGAGGUGCGACGCCGCAAUAGAAGGGAAGACGCGGCUGUGAGGCCCGGAUAGCGUGCACGUUGUGUCGAAGGACGUUCACACGCGCGACUCCAUCGGUUGCCAAGCCGAUCCUCCUCGCACUGGGCGACGAGAACUUCGUACCUAAGCCGGUCGUUCAACGUGGCCGAUCCUUGGACAUGGUGAGGGGGCAUGUUGAUGUGCCGGCGGUUGCUGCUGAUCGCAGCCGCGAUCACGGCCUCGAUCGAGGCUGGCUCCGCUAGUUACCACCCUGGAAUCUCCUCAGAUUACUCUGGAUACCCUGGUUUUCCGGUUUAUCCAGCUUUGACGUCGUCCGAGACCUCGUCCGGUGCGACCACUACGCCAACGACAAAUUUGGAAAAUGUUUGCAGGCCAUCCGAGUACCUAUGUGGCACCGGAAACUGCGUUGCCCAGGACAAAUACUGCGACGGCGAAAAUGACUGCGGCGACAACUCCGACGAGCCGAAAUAUUGCACCCUGUGCAACAGAACAUUGUACGGCGACGUCGGCCGGACCUACAGGGUGGAAGUUCGCCGGCCGAGGGAAGAUCGACUGCCAUUCUUGUGUCAUCUCAAUUUCACUGCCGCCGGCUCUGAUCUCGGAGAUCUAGUUCAGUUAACGUUCGACACGUUCACCGUGGGUCGAUUUUUAUCGUUCACGUCGGAAGGAUGUCCGGAUGGUUACAUGACCAUUCGGGAAAAGGGUCGACCAGCGACCGGAGGUCAAUGGUGCGGAAGCGCAUGGGGGUACACCGUGUAUUACAGUGAAACUCCUUCCAUCAAUUUAACUUUGUAUUUACUCCGGCUAGCCGAACAGGGUAGUGGCUAUAAUUUCGACUUCAAAUUAUCGUACAAGUUCCUGAGACGUAGCGAGGCGCACCUCAGAUACGGGAACAGUAGUAUGUCCACGUGGCGGGGAGAGCUAGUGAACGGAACGUACUGCGACCGUGUGCUUACCAAGUGCGACACGCGAGCCUGUCGACUUCAAUCGCCGAAUUACCCGGGCGUUUAUCCCAGAAACGUCACUUGCUAUUACCGGGUAGAGCAAAAUCGGGCGCCACCCGGUCAUCGGGCGUUGCUCGCCGUGAGUCAGCGGAACAGUCACAAGAUACACAUCAAAGACCAGGUCGUCAAGUACGAUGGCAGCCAAAGGAUAUUAAGAGUUUGGGAUCAAUGCAACGUGGUGCAAGAUUACUUGACGGUGUACGACGGGGGUUCAACCUCCGACAAGGUACUGGUUAGACUUUGUGGAGGUGACGCGGUGCCAGACAUAGUUAGUAGCCAUAACACGAUGCUUUUGGAGUUCCACACGUCUCCGUACGACAAUCCCUUUCAUCCCGUUCCUUUGUCGUUCUUGCCCGGCUUCGAGCUCGAGGUUCAGGUGCUGUUCGUCGACGAGAAAUCCCGGAGUUUUGUUAAGGAGAACAACAACUGUGACUUUUAUAUACCCAGCGACGAAAGCUCUUCGGGAGUCUUAGAAAAUCCGAAACAUUCUCUGCCUCCGAACACGACUUGUCGCUACCACUUCCAGGGCAAGCCAAACGAGAUCGUUUGGCUGUCUUUCGUCAAGUACUAUGCUGCCAGCGCCGAUGCCGCCGCGAGCAUCGACGUCGCUUCCGAUUGCAACGCGAAGCUGCUCAUCUGGGACGGCGAUCGCACGCUAAAUAAAUUAAUUCCUAUGCGUAAGAAUAUCACUUUGAUGGGUCAGUUUUGUAAGGAUGAUACCCCGCGUCUCUGCGACCAUAGCCUGCUACGGAACGGAAGUCGUCACGCGAGGCCUUGUAGCCUCGCGGAGAGCUACGUUUCCAGCGGUAGAGAUCUCACCUUGGAACACAUAUUACGUCAAGGAAGUGCACUUUAUCCGAUAAGUUUUGUACUGCGUUACGAGUUCGUGCACGAGGCGGUCUCCUGUAACCAUGUGUUCGGUUUCGCGUCCACUUCAUCCACGUCUUCCACGUCUUCUUCAUCCUCUUCUUCGUCGUCCUCCGCGUCGUUACUGUCGUCGCUCGCCAAGGCGGGGAAAUUCGCGUCACCGAAAAGUGUAUUCUUUUACGGUCGCGGUGGUGCGCAGAACGUUAGCUGUGUGUAUCGUUUCGAGACCGAGCCGGAUCACAGGAUAGAACUGUCCAUAAGUAGAGCCUCGUUCGGAGAUAAAGGAUGUUCCUCGUACGUAGACCCGUUAGUCAAUCGCUGGACUUGCGAUCGACGCAUAGGCGACUCCGCCAAGUUUGGCACGGCUGAGUUGAUCGUUGCCGAGUACCCCUGGCAGGGAGUGGAACUGGUUCGCGAUUGCCUGUGCUCGAACGUCAGCGAUAGGAUCGUUCUGAGAACACUGACAUCCAACGUGAUCGAAGUCCGCUUCACCGUGACCUUGAUGAACGUCACGCAGGAUUAUAGAGAUUUCUAUUUCGAAGGGGAGUACCGUUUCGUCGCGUUGGGCGCAGAAUCCAGCGAACAAGGCUGCUCGACGAAACUCGAAGAGCGACGAUUACGCGGAACCAGCGGUGAAAUUUCCCUCAGAAGUCCCCUGCCGCGAGUGAUUCCCGGUGUCGCCGCUGUCGAAGAGAUUCUAACCAAUACGGAGGAUCUGACUGCGACUCAAUGUGUGAACGAGCCCUGGCUGAUAGAGCCUGAGGAUGCACGCAUCAAUUAUUUGUAUCUAAGGACGGCGGGAUAUAGUAUCACGUUGGAUAACGUCGAGGAAUGUACAACGUUGAACAGAAUCGUCGUCUACUCGGCGGCCAAUACGAAAGAUCGUAGCGUAAUAUGUCCGGAGGGUGGCGUUGACACUGCCAGAACGGUGGAUUUCUUCUCCGGUGGUUGGAACUACAGCGCGAUUAAUACUACCGUCGCCAUGAUGCAACAUUCCAGGAGCUUCGUCGUCGAGUUCCUUCAGAGAGAACCUGGUUUCUAUGCCGUUACUUGGAUGGCCAUUUCCAAAAGGUCUUCUAGUUCUAGCGUCGGGCCCAAUGUAUUCUCUAUAAUGCCACACGAAGAAUGUCCUUAUCGAUGCCCGGAAAUUCAAGCGUGUAUAAGUUCUGUGCUAUGGUGCGAUGGGAUCCGUCACUGCCCUUCCGGUUUCGACGAGGAGGAGACCAACUGUUCGUACCGUUUCGGCGUGACAUUGCUGUACGUGGCCGUAGGUGCCGGCGCCCUGGGUAUCUUUCUUAUCCUACUGCUUGCCACCGGUUGCCUCAAAUAUUGCCUCUAUCGACACAAAGCUCGUAAGAAAAAAAAGAACGUUGUCCUGAACGUGAACCAUCUCCACGUGAAUCACACGCAUCAUAAUAACGGUCUGACCGGAAGUCGCCUGAGCGGUCGCUAUAAUCUCGCCACGCCGCAAGAGAUGUAUCUGGAAAAUUACGGGAAAGACAGUAUUUGUUGACAAUACGCCAUUGCCAAUAUCGAGACCACCGUGUGAAUAUUACAGGAUUUUUAAAAUACGCCUACCUCGCUGGCCUCUUUGAUCCCCCUCACCUCCCGCGAAGAGAAUGGAAGCAAACGACGGAAUAGUCGAUCGAAUCCAUCUCACAGCGCGUAUGGCGCAACAAAAAUAAAAAAAAAAAAUAUAUAUAUAUAUAUACGCAAUAAUCGUAUUAAACUCUCGUAGACCAAUUCGAAGGCAUUUAACGAAGGAGCGGAUUCCGGAUUGUUUCGAAGCCUCGACCACGAUCCACGCUUUGUCUCCAAAUAAUCGAUAUUUAAUUUUAAACUCGAGCAAGAGAAGCGUCUGUUUUGCCGGCGCUAUUUAAGUUUCAAAUUCGCAGCGAAUUGGGAUAUUAUAAAACUGCGAAUUUUAAAAAGGUUCUAGAGAACGGACAAAGGGUGAAUCGAAUCGAUGAGAAGCGUUUGCGCUGCUCGAACAAUUCGCGUAUAUGGUUUUCACGGUAAAACCGCCGUAUCACAGUAGCACUAGGAACACACGUUUUUAGGAUAAAGCAAUGUGUGACGACGAGAAGAAAGAGAUGAAGCAUACAGAGCGCGAAAGAUUAUAACUAGAAAGAAAAUAAAAAGAAAGACAAAAACAAAGCGCACGGCUGAUGCGUACGAAUAUAUGCUUUUAAAGUGAAGUAGGAUUCUGUAAUUUGCAUUGAGAGCGAGCGAGCGAGCGAGCGAGCGAGCGAAAGAGAGAAAGAAAGAGAGAGAGAGAGAGAGAGAAAAUUUUUAUUACGGUCGGUUGCCGGGAAACGAGUGUUACAAACGUCCACGACGAGAAACGACGCAGAACAGAAUUGGCGGGAAAAAGAGGGAACUGACAAAAUAGCGGCAAAUACAAAAAUCCCUUUGAACGAUAUAAAUCGCAUGUGAACAUCGAGGGAUAAAAAAAGGAAACGAAACUACUGUGAUUUAUCGAAAAAGAAAUUAACCCUUUAGAUGCCGUAUCAUAUUAUAUCGGAGAUACUCACUAGGCCGCGAUUCAAAAAUCUCAAUAAUAAGAAAGUUCAAACUAGAGCGUGAAUACACACGCUCUUUGUAUAGGCGGCAGCACGCGCUUAUGGCAUUUAAAAGGUUAAGAAAGAAAUGAAAAAACCUUGAUUUUAUACUUUACGAGAAACAUAUACAAAAGGAAAAGUCCGAAAAAAAAAAGAAGAAAAGAAAAAAAUAAAUCAAUGAAAGAUUAUUUCGACCGAUAUUUCUCACUUUUAAAACCGGUUUUAUUCUAUAAUUUUAUAAAUUGUCGUGUCUGAACGACGAUAUUCAUAUGCAAUUUAUUCUAAGGAAUUAUACGACCAAGAUCAACCAAACGCGUUAUCAUCGACCCUCUGGUUCCAUCUUAUUAUCAAAUCGAUGUCAUCUGCGUCGAUCCGUCAAUAAACUCCAUCGUUUUUUGUAAGAAACACGCAGCCAUCACGACUACUAACGCGAGAGCGUAGCGACGUCUUCUAUAACUGCCAUUUUAGGAUUUAGUUCGAGAUCAACGGAAAAUCCCGGCGGGCGUACAGAAAAUCCGGUUGUCGAUACUCUAUGCUCCCGCGUUAACCGCGAUCCUAACCUAUCCAGAUUUCAUAAGUACGUUAACAAUGAUGGUAUAACAUAUAGUUAAAAAUCACACAUGUAACCUAGGUUUGAUAUCAAUGCGCGAGGCUUGACUGGGACGUAGAGAUUGGUGUAUAGUUGAUUAUCGUUUAAACGAGUGCGAAGGCGAGAGAAGUGGGCAACAUGAAAUUGAUAACGCAUACAUUGUAACUCUAUUACGAAAGUGUUAACUAAUUAAAAAAGCCAUCGUUUCACGUACGCACACACCGCCACACGUACGAGAGGGAAUACAUUACUUACAUACAUACCACAUACACACACGUAUGGUAAAAGCGCGUAUAACUUACGUCUGUAUGCUGUGAUAGAAGUAAGCGUAUCAACAAUCGGAAAUAAAUUUCUCGCGUAAA